AUGAUGGAACGAAACCCGCUGCCAGAAAUUCCCCAGCAUGUAGUUGCUCAAUUGUCACAUCUCACAUCGAGGCCUGGUGUACAAUCAACGUUGAUACUAUCGCGCAAAGACGGCUCGAUAAUACAGACAACUGGUCUACUUGCUACGUCGAGUCCGGCAGAUGGCACAUCUUCGAGUUCAGCACCUUCAGCAGAGCCAGCAACACCUUCCUCAACAAUAGACCUAGACGACAGGCGCUCAGAGACGGCCAGUAGCCCGGUGGUCAUACAACCUCCGACACAGCCCACGCCAUACAAACCUAGCCCGGCAGAGACCCUCGCCGUACACAUCCAUGCAUUCGUCUGUUCUGCAUCAUCCCUAAGCACUGCACUAUCUUCACCAUUGGACAGUGAAGAUGACCAUGGAGCAGAGAGUGGGAAUGGGAACAGCCUCAAUAAAGACGGUGACACGGCUGGUAGUAAUCCGUUCGAGGACCAGGCAUUGUCCGAACGUGAGGAAGAUGAUGAACUAAAGCUUCUACGGCUAAGGACGAAAAUCCACGAAAUAAUCAUAAUACCAGACCGCAAGUACCUUCUCUGUGUUGUACAUGAUGUCUCAGCUACUGCUGGUGGGGCCGGAGGACGAGGUCUAGCACAUGCGAGACAGUGA